CUUACCUAUUAACAAAGAAAGGAUUUUAAAAUGGCUAAUAAGAAAAAUGGACAAGUGGAUGUUAGCAGUAGUGCUCAAAAUGACUCCAAUUUAAAUUUUUACUUAAACUCCCUUAAAAUCUUGUAUGAUGAGUUUCAUGAGAGGAUCGCAUUCGCAAAUGAUAAACUGGCGGGAGGGGGACAGGGGAUAGAAGAAAUUUAUGAAUCCGAUAUACAAGCGGCACAAGAUGACUAUACAAGGAGGAGAAAGAAUCUAUACGAUUGCAUUUAUUGUGAGAUAACUGAAACCAAUCCGGAAUUGAAAGUAGAGUACAAAGAGGCCAUCAAGAAGACAGAGCCAGACCUAACUGAAAACAAUUCUGGGUUGAAUAUUGAGUACGAGGUGAUCGUUAAGAAGACAGAGGCAGAUCUAACUGAAAACAAUUCUGGAUUGAACGUUGAGUACGAAGUGGUCGUUAAGAAGACAGAGGCAGAUCUAACUGAAAAUAAUUCUGGAUUGAACGUUGAGUACGAAGUGGUUGUUAAGAAAACAGAGGCAGACCUAACUGAAAACAAUUCUGGAUUGAAUGUUGAGUACGAAGUGGUUGCUUUGGAUACAGAAGCAGAUUUAUCUGAAAUCAAUUCUGGAUUGAACGUUGAGUACGAAAUGGUUGCUAUGGAGACAGAAACAUAUUUAUCUGAAAUCAAUUCUGGAUUGAACGUUGAGUACGAAGUGGUCGCCAUGGAGACAGAGAGAGAUUUAUGUGAAAACAAUCUUUUUUUGAACAUAGCAUGUAAAGAAGACAAAAAGGAGACAGAGUAAUAGACAGUAUACAAAAGAUUGAUGUAUUUUUACAUUAAAAA